AUGGUUCUCAUCGCCAGUCUCUAUACCGUGGCGCUCCUCAGCGUUGCGAUGGCAAGUAGCCAUGACGACUGUUCAGCCUUUUCCAUUGACGGGCCUAACCCUGCAACUUUCAGCUUCUACCGGUUCUACGACUUUCGAAAUGCCUCAACCUCGGGCCGUCUGCCAACGGGGGACCCGGCGGCAGAGAACAGAAAGGAGCCUGACACUUUGGCGGUCAGCAAACUGACCAACGACUCCUCUUGGACAGAUGACUGGAGAGUCACCAUCAAGUAUCAGGGGCAAGCCAGUGAGAAGGUUUUGGCACGCCACUACGUUUCCGAUCACGUCUAUAUGGACAAGCCAGAUGACGAGGCCCAACUGUUGCUGUACACAGACCGGCUGAAGAACGAUACCCAGCAGGCUGGAGAGGUCUAUUUCAGCCAGGCCCUAGUCGACUCCAUUUCUCUACGUGUGUACGCCCGUAUCUCGGGUUCUCCAGGUGCCGUGGCCGGCUUCUUCACCUACUUCAACGACACGCAGGAGUCAGACAUCGAGGUCAUGACCAGAGACGAGGAAAAUCGCGUGCACUUCUCCAACCAACCCACGGAGAACACCACCACGUGGACGACCAUCCCCGGGUCGACGCACAACUUAACGCGCUCCGGCUCAAUGCACGACUGGACCGUGUACCGGUUGGACUGGCUGCGAGAGCAGAAGAAGAGCGCUUGGUACAUCAACGGGGAGCUCAGGAAGGAAUCGGAGAUGAACGUCCCCGUCGUGCCGUCGACGGUGUACAUCAACAUGUGGAGCAACGGCGGGAGCUUCUCCGGGGAGAUGGAGGUGGGAGCCAAUGCCACCUUGGAGAUCCAGUGGAUCCAGAUGGCGUUCAACGCUUCUGAUGUCGAGGCUGAGAGCGUGCCGCAGGGCGGACUCAUUUGCUCCAUCGAGGAUGGUACGGCAGAGCCGUCAGCGGCAGCAAGAUUUGGAUCAUGGCCCGGGUCGUGGGCCGCGGUGUUGUUGGUUGUGGCUGCAGUCUGGCUGCAGCUGUGA